AUUCUCUACACCAUCCCGAGACUGCCUCCAAUGAUCGACCAACAUGCUUAUAGCUUCUCCCAUAACCUCAGACACUCAGAAACUGCGUUGUUUUUACUAGCAAUUCGUUUAAAUAUCAGUGUGUCUUGUAAUUUUUUAGUUUGUGUUUUGUUUGAGGCCUUGGAAAAUUGAAUCUCUAAGGUUAUUUUACUUAAUUUUGUUCUUUUUGAGUUUACUGUGGAAAUAAACAACCCCGAGACUAAUCUGUUCAUAGCAUCGCUUUCCUAUACAUGUCGGAUCAACGAAAACGGCCACUUCCACCUAAACAUGCUAUCAACACCCGAUUGACAAGUCCCGUAAGAAUUGAGCCAAGUACAUCAACUAGUAGUUCUCAACCUCAUUUUCCUUCUUCAAACAUUAUUGAUGGUUCAACAAGAAAUCGGCAGAAACCCCCCAAGGUUCACAACUUAUUUCAACGGAGACGAAAUGCUCAAAAGUUAGACCAUCCAUUGGGCUUUUUGCUCAGAAACAGAAACGCUGCAGCUUCCCACAUUCCGCAACGUACAACGAAAACAUCUCAAAAACUGGUUUUGCUUCCAGAGGAUCACGAAGUUGAAUCAUUCGAUGAAGACGAAAGUGUUUACGAAGACUUGAUACGGUCGAAAGAAGCUUACACACUCUUACAGGCCGAAAAGUUUUCUCGAGACAAGCGGGAAGAACUGGGCUUUCCUAGGGUAACGGCUUAUUGUAUCUGUGAGGCAUUCAAUCUCUCCAAGGUGCGGCAUUUCCUUAAGCAUUAUCAUGAAGUACGGACUAAGAAAUACGACGAAGCGUUAUAUGCUUCGUACAACCUUCCCCUGCAAUAUGGCAUAACGGAUAAUUGUCGUGUGCGCAGCGGUCCGUCAGAGUCGAAAACCCAAACUACUACAGCUACGAGUUCAGAACUGGACGCAAGCGCUGAAACUUUAACAAAUAGCACGGAGCCAUACUACUAUAUGUCUCCGUCUAAUCCCGUUUCUCACAUGUAUAAGCAUGCAGAACUAUUUAUUUUUGACUACGGUGUCGUUGUAUUUUGGAACUUCUCAGAACGUCAAGAAAAAGAUGUACUGGCGGACUUAACAUUUGCAAGUAACUGCUCUCUUAUGACAAAACCUCUUUCCGAAGAAGAGUGCGAGAUCGAGGACUUGCACUUUCAUUACGCUCCAAACACAAAGCGCCCGCGAAUUUACAAUGACAUGAUUCACAUUCCGAGUGCUGAUGUAAAAACAAAACUGGCUAUGUCUCAUGCUCUAGCGCAAUCCGUGAAACUUUCACACUUCGAAUUUCGCAUGGAUGAGACCAUGAACUCUGCACUGGUAUAUCCCAAAAAACUUGCACUUUACGGAGAAUUAGGAUUGGGAAGAGAACAGGUGGCUAAAAUGAGCGGAAAACUCUUCCAGCUUCGUGUUGACGUUAAUCUGAUUAGUAACGUACUCGAUACACCAGACUUGUUAUGGAACAAUGAGCCCCUGCUUCUCCCCUUGUACACUGCUUUCUGUGAGUAUCUUGAAAUUGGACCCCGGACACAGGUCCUAAACAACCGAUGCAAGGUCAUUUCCGAUAUGCUUGAAAUAUUCGCUGAAUCAAGCGCGGACAAAAAAAUGAACAGAAUUACUCUAAUCAUCAUCUCUCUAAUGACUUUAUUUGUCAUAUUUUUUGCCGCCGAAAUUUUAAUUCGGAGAAACAUCACAAAGGGCACAGCUAGACUCAUUCUUUAGAGAAAAAGCACAUACAUAGUUACGUAGGAAGGCUGCAAUUAAACGAAGAUACACCGCAACAAUGGAACAUGUACAGAAGAGCGUAAACUUAGUCUUCCAAGAUGAAAAAAUCUAGCGGAAUAGAGUCGUUAUACCAGGGGGAAUUCAUGUCUAAAACGUCUUUAUGUAACUGAAAGGUUCGCAGCGCACCUUCUUCUAUAUUCCUGAAGGUAGAUUCAGAAAUUUCGCUGAAACUAUUUGCCUUAGACGCAAAACUCAAUAAAUCCCGGUCAUUAGGAAUAUUAGAAAAAACGCUCCGGGCAAUGUUCAAGUCCUCGUUGUAAUCCUGAGGAAGAAUUUUGGAAAGUAUGGGGUCGUUCAAUGCAUACUUUAAUAUGGCAUCUAGACUACCAAAUUGACGAAUGAGUUUUAAUGCACGGACUGGUCCAAUCUGAUUUAUUCGUUCGCAGAAAUCAGUACCGCAUAACAAACAGUAGUCAAAAAACUGCGGAUAUGUAAGACCGAGAUUUUUUUGGACCCGUAAAGAAGAAAUGAAUUGAGCAGGCAUUAACUCAAACUUUUUUGAAAUAUUGAAGAAAUCGUAAAUCAUUAAGGUGCCAAGUAACAACGCAUCCGUAUCUUGUGUACAAACUGCAGAAGCAAGGCCUGAAUGGUACAAGGAAGCUGCAAGCGUUUCCCCUUCAACGUUUUCUGGGGAGAAUGACACAGGAAUAUUGAGGAAAUUGAGUAAGGCUGCGGUUUCUUUAACCUCAUUGAUGGAAGGACGGGCCAAACGUCUUUCUACCUUUUCUCUUAAUUCAACUGUUCGCUGCAAAGUGUCCGUAAGAAAGGCAGAUGAUGACUGAAACGACGCUUGUGUAAUUUCGUCUUUUGUUUCACCAAGCAGAUUUAGUGCAUUUGUCAACACGGAUUGAGAGCCUUCCAGCUCAUCUUCCAAAUUUAAUGGAAGUAGUUGAUCUGCAAUUCUCGUCUGCUCUUCCUGAGGACUGGCGUAUUCCGUAGAACGAAGUAGAGAUUUUUGAUCCGUAAUGCUAGCAUUAAUUUUGUUUAAGAGCGAGACAUUCCUCUCCUUUUGUUGUUUUCUCCGAGCGUGCUCCUUUCGUUUUAAGACAGAUCUGCUUGCACUAUCAAACACGACUAUUGGAGAAACAUGAGUUUUGCGACAAUAUCGAGCCAAUUUGAGUGCCCAGUAAAGGUGCUUUGACUUCCCCGUAUUGGAUACCUGUGGAGACCUGUACUCUUUAUGUAAAAAGAGUGUUCCAUCAAUUGCAACCUUUGGAAUAACUGAAUGAAACGAGUUCGGCGCACAAUACUCGAUGGAAUGACCUGCAAACUUUCUAAUAAACGGCAGCAAUCCAUUUACUCCCAUGCUUUUUUCACCCGACAAGCAUUUGUACUUUGCAUCGAGCAACACGCUACGAAGGAGGUCUCUUGAGGAUCUUUUUGUGAAUAAAAGAUGGAGAUGAUUUUCAAGGUACGAAGAGUUAAACUCCUUCACUAGAGAUAAAACGUCUUAACGAGUCUUGUACUACGGUUUAUUGCAUUCGUCGCAGUGCUUUCACCCCUAACCAAUUUAUUUUUUUUUUGUGCUUACAAAAAUAAUGUCUAUGUGCUUUUUUGUUCGAGGCUUUCCAGCGGAGUUGCUGCUGGAUCCUUAUCAAGUACGGCCUUUGCCCACGAAGGCAAAGAAGUUUGGUAUGACCACGUAUCGCUUGUAUAACGCCAAGCAUGCAGCCAAAGAAUCAGUUCUUCAGCCGUGGGAUCACUGUACAAUGGAGACUUGCAAACCGAACAAUGCUCACCAGUCAGCAAUUCGCCCAUGCGCUUGUCCCUACGAGACUUUGCCUCUUCAGAAGUCUCGUUUGUGUACCAUUCGUAUUGAUAAAGAGGAGAAGCCGUCUCAGUCUUUCCCAUCUCGUUUAAUUUCAUCAUGAUAGACUCCGUACUGGCUUCUCCGUUUUUACCAAGCGACGGUCCCCAAACACGCAGGUUUGCGUAGAUGGGAUCGUUGGCUAUAGGAUAGCCGAGAUACUGCAAAUGAACACGAAUUUGAUGGGUCCGACCAGUCAGUGGUUUGCAGUGAACAAGUGAUGUGUGCCCAUCAAAGGCCAGGCGCUUGAAAAUCGUGACGGCAUCCUUGCCGUCUGGAUGGACUCGAUUUAGUCCAAGUGUUGGUGCGACAGUAAGAAGCUUCGCAUCGCAGGUAAUAGUUUUUUCUGCGGGAAACUCUCCGACGACACGAGCAACAUACUCCUUUUGCAAAUCCUUGCUGAUCAUAUGCACCCGCAUCCGUUCGGCGCCUUUAGGAGUUUUAGAAAAGAACAUCAAGCCCGAUGUCAAUCUGUCGAGUCUGUUGCAAGGAUACAGCAAGGGACACUUGUUUUCAUGCAUAAGGAUAUGGAGAACGGUAUUGUGAUUGUAACGACCGGUAGGAUGCACGGGAAUGCCGGCUGGUUUAUCGAUGACAACGUAUUCUUCGUCUUCAUGGACAAUUCGCACAGGUUCGUCCGUCACCGGAGGCUCGUGUCUGUGUGCAGCGUGUGAAAUAACAUAACCAUUCUGAAUGACAGUAUCGACAUUCCCAGGCUCGUUGUUUACUUUGACUUGUCCAUUACGAAUUGCUCUCUCAUAAUAACCAGGCUCUCUGUCACGAAACUCGGAAUUAAAUACUUCAAGUAGCGUUUUUCCGUACCACCGAAGCUUCGCAAAUGUGAUAUAAACAUAUUCGUAUGGAGGAACGCGACGAAGUCCAUCGUUCAAAUACACAUACUGACAAUUCUCUAAAGGAUCACGAGGAGGACGCCGAAACAUUGCAAAGAACCGUAAAGUGAAACAAACGUUCCCGGGAAAUAGGGUCUUUUGCCUAAAAAGCCACGAACUUGAAACUUUGGUUAAGGAAGAAACUGUUCCUACCAUAUUCAAUAGUACACCAUGAAGUGAUGAAAAUUAAAGACGUGAGUGAGUCUACCGGGGAUGCUGUUGUUCGAAAUGAAACGAAUACUCUAAUACUUGCUGGUCAUUGUUUGAUUAAAUAUCUUUCUUUUCUUUUUUCCUGCCUAUUGUUAAACAGAUAGUUUUGAAAUUCCCAACCGUAAACAUGAGGCUUCCAAUACCUUAAAACCACUUGGAAAUAUAAAUGUACCCAUUCCACUUCCAUCAACACUUUCAGUAUACUCAAUUUACAUUUAUAAGGAAAAAACUAUCUACGACAAUAAGUACAAAAGAAAAAAAAAACAAAUAGCUGGUUCACAAUGCACACCAGCACUCGGGAAGGUCCAUUCAAGUCUGUAAACAUGCAAUGAAAUCGGAAAGAGAACAGUAUUGGAAAGAGGAAAAAGGUAAUAAAGUGGAGUGCAUUCACGUAGCCAGACGGAAUGCAAGUAUAAUGCAGAGCACAUAUGCGAACGGAAAGGAGGGGAACCAGCGAUACCAGGAAAACCUCUUCAGUCCGAAGAAACAGAGCCAGUCUCUGAAAACAGUAUUUAGGUAACGAAAUGAAAACAUGAAAAACGAAUAUAGAGGAUAGAUAACAAUGGGCGAACAGUCACUUGAAGUGACUCUCCAAUAAAUGAACAGUAGAGCAUAGCUUAGCAAACCGAGCUGAAGCGGCGGUCCGACAAAGGUUGAGGGAAGACGCCGUAGUCAAUAAGCAAACGAACAUCCCAAAGUGGGCUAGGCGACUCGGUUUUGUAUGUCCAAAAGAUCCAACCGGCACCACGUUCAUAUUCAUCCAUCUGAACCUCAACAAAUCGACGAAGCAUGCUCUUGAAUUGACCAGACCAACUGGCAAUGUCAUUUUGACACUUGGUAAUGUAAGUGCUGUCCUCAGUGACAUUAUCAUAACCGCUACCGGUGCACAUGUUUGUAAGCCAAGAAGUGCAAAAGUUAAUUGCGGCAGACCAUUCGCCAACAACGACUUUGAAGGGUGAGCUAGCAAUCUCAUUUCCAGCUGUGCAAACACUGCUCAACUCGUUUUCAAAUGUCUCGUUGCAAUCAUUGCUGGAGAAAACAAAGUACUGAUGGGUAUCCAUCACAAUACCCGAAGAAGAGGGAUCCACCAUACCGUCGUUCCAAUUAGACAUGCUAAUAUAGCCAUCGUGAAAGACGGUGGCCACGUUGGAAUAAGUUGAGUAAAGUUUGGAGUAAACAGCAGCGUUAAACUCCUUCAAACCAUCAAGAUCAAGGUCAGAAGCCAAAGGCUCGUUAAGAGUCUCGAUACCAAUCACAGUAUCCACAUAGUCCGAACCCGUGUACUUUUUGAUGAUGUAUUCGAGGAUUUCCACUGUGCGGUCAACGGUGUUGCCCUUUUGGAAACCAAUGUCACCCUUCUUUCCAGAAUUGUCAAAACCGUUUUGACUUCCAGGAGCACCAUGGAGAUCAAUCCAAACCUUCAAUCCAGCAUUGUUGGCCCACGAGAUAGCCGAGUCUAAAUAAGCCUCUUGUCCUUGUACAAACGGUUCUCCAUCCGACACGUUAAAAGCCCAGUAGCCGAUGGGAAUGCGAACGGCGUUAAAACCAUAUCCCGCGAUUUUGGAAAAGUCAGACUCGUUGAUAAAAGUGUUGUAGUGGUUGGUCAAACGCUCAGCAGCUGCAGUUUGACCCAAAGUCUCACACAAUGACCAUUCAUCUGAAACAGAAGUGUCCGAAAAGAGCGAAGGUGUGAUCCAGGAUUCGAGGACAAGCCAGCCGCCAAGAUUGACUCCACGAACCUUGUCAGAGGAGUAGUCGAAGCCACGACGGCCGAUAGUUAAUGCGUGCGAAGCCGUAGCAAGCAGGAGAGCAAAAAGAACGCGAAACAUAGCGAAAAAGCUUAUUCGAAGAAAUGCGCAAAUGAAGGGGAUACCGUCAAAAGAACGAUAUUAACAGACAAUUGAGCGUUGUAGCUGAUGCAAUUGAAUG